AUGAAGCUACUCGUGGUCACAGCUUUGUUAGCUCAGGUUCUAAUCCCAUCUGUGCUGGCGCGUGAUUAUCGUUAUUGCGAAGGCAAUAAAUAUAACCUCCCGUCGGGGUUGUCUUGUAGAGAGCAGGAUCCAACAUGGACUUCAUUCUGUAACAGUGCACGAAAGAACAGGACGCGAUCCGGAACAUCUAUCGAGGAAAAUGUUCCGAACCGUGGACUGAAGCGAACGGUGGCGAAACAGCAACUCACUGGUGCGACUCCAGCAAUCGUAUUGAAGCUCUCUGUUGCUCGCCAUAGUUCAAGGACAAAAAGUCCACAUCCUCUACGCCGCAAUAAAUGA